AUACGAAUGGGAUGGUGAUAUUUCACUUUAGGUGUAUCUCCCUUCAAACUCGGCCCAGCCCAAUUCCAACGUUCAAGUGCGUAAUAGUCGGCAAGGAGGGAUGCGGAAAGAGUACCUUCAUCCAUCGUCACUUGACGGGUCAUUUCGAGCAAAAGUAUUUGCCCACAUUUGGAAUCACGGUGAUCAAACUCAUAUUUCCUACAACUCGCGGGCCAAUCUGCUUCGAAAUGUGGGAGGGAGGGAAGGCCGAGUACGUCCAGUAUCGGAAUCCAUUUUUCAAGAAUGUACAAUGCGCCAUCGUAAUGUUUGACCUCAGCCUAAAGGACCCAUUCAAGAACUUUGACGAAUACUACUCUAUGUCUAAUAUGCUCCCGUCAGACAUCCUAAAAUUCGUUUGUGGCAACAAGGCGGAUCAAGAAUUGGGCAAUCCUAGCCCUCUGCCAACGAAUAUCCACCGCUGUACAAAGAUGUCUGUUAAAACUAAUAUGAACACACUGCUGCCUUUUCUGCACCUCUCGCGCAGAAUUUUUAAAGACCCCUCGCUCGAGGUCAUGCCGAGGACAACAUUGUUGCCGGCACAAGUGGAGCCCAGUCGCCAGGAGAGACAGCCAGAACAGGAUAAGGACCUUUAAUAUCAUAUGAAGAUACACCGAUACACAAAACAAGACAGAGUGCGUGUGUGCGUGUGUGUGGCUGCUACAUCGGGUGACACAUCAGACAGCAGCAGUACACUCUUAAAAGCCAUUGUGGCGUCCAGUGCUUCAAUACAUCAGAUGACGGAAUGUCAUCGUGCCACGAGGUGUGGCAACAUAAAAAGACUUCAUACCAGUACGGGCAAAGCAUUUACAGCUUCGCAUCUUCAAUAAAUAAUUUACUAUAUUUAAUCAGAAUUUAAUUAACAAUAACAAUAAAAACCACUUGACAUGAUGAAUAACA